AUGGAAGGGACAACGAAGAAAGAAGCGAGUCCGGAGCUGAUAGUGCACGAACUCUCCGGCGUUGUACCUGCCCACUAUGUCAUGCCGCCGCAGGACCGCCCGUCUGCUGGCGCAGGCGCUGCACCGAUACCCGUCAUCGACCUAGGCCGUCUGUCUGGGCCCAACCCAGAUGCCCAAGAGGCGGCAAAACUCCGGUCGGCGCUGGAGACAUGGGGCUUUUUCAUGGUAUCUAACCAUGGAAUUGAGACAUCUGUGAUGGAUGCAAUGAUGAAUGUAUCGAGAGAGUUCUUUCGGAAGCCAGCUGAAGAGAAGCAGAAAUACACCAGCCUAAUUAACGGCGAGCGAUUUCGGGUGCAAGGGUACAGAAAUGAGCUGGUGAAAUCCGACGGCCAGACUCACAACUGGUCCCACCGUUUAUCUCUGCAAAUAGAGCCGGAAGACGGGAGAAGUCUCCACCUUUGGCCCAACCAUCCCGAAACUUUCAGGGAUGUACUAAUUGAGUACUCGUCAAAAACGAAGGCAAUAAGAGAUCUUAUCCUGAGAGCAAUGGCAAAUCUUCUAAAGCUUGACGAGAAUUACUUCACUAAUAGAUUCACAAGCAAGGCCCUGGCACUAGCGAGGUUAGGCUACUACCCUUCCUGUCCAAGACCCGACCUUGUUUUGGGCUUCAAACCUCACUGUGAUGGUGGUGCACUUUCAAUCCUUUUCAUUGAGGAGCACACCCGUGGCUUGCAAGUUCUGAAAGAUGGAAAAUGGUACGAUGUUCUAUGCGAGCCUUACACAUUGUUGAUCAACAUAGCCGAAUGCAUGGAGAUAAUGAGCAACGGUAUCUUCAAGAGCCCAACACAUAGGGUCCUGACGAAUGCGGUCAAGGAAAGGUUCUCGGUGGUUAUAUUCUAUGGCGUGGAUGAGGAGACAAUGAUCGAGCCAGCGCCAGGUUUAUUGGAUGAGAAAAGACUGGCGAAAUACAGGAAAGUGAAGAGCAACGAUUACUAUGCUAGUGUCUUUGGACAGUUCCGCCAAGGGAAAACAAUCAAAGACACCCUCAAAGUUUAA